CACAUCCGGGUUAGAACAUUUUUUUUUUGUCAGCUUCGAAGCAGAGCUUCGACCAUUGACGCCUAUUUUCUUCUAGCAGACACAAUAAUGGGAAAGAAAACUCGCCUUGGUGGAGGAGCUGUUGGUCGGAGAACAAUUUUACAGCUUUCUCCUCCCGGAAACCGCGGUGGUAAUCCCGGAGAGAGGGAAGAAGCGAACUCGGGAUCUGAUGAUGAACAGGACGGUGACGGACACAAAUUCGUGAGACAUACUAAUAUUAAGACACCAGCAGUAAAGGCAACGGAGGGUUUGUCAUUGCUCGGAGCAUAUGAGGACAGUGAUGAAGAAGAUGCUAGAGAUCGAUCAGCUGCAAAUUCCCGACACAACCAACCGGCAGACAUUGAUAGUACUCUGGCCAAUUUCAUGGCUGAAAUUGAUGCAAUCACAACUCAGCCAAGUACAGAUGACACAACAGCUCAUCCCUCUUUUCCAAAUGCUACUCCACCAAGACCUGAAGCCAAACCUCAGGAGCCACCUGGGGAGGGUGGACAGAAUCAACAAAGCACAGAGUUCGAGUACAAUACACAAGACUCACUAGCUGGAGUUGGUAUAGAGAUGGGAGACUGGCAGGAGGUAUGGGAUGAGAACUCAGGUUGCUAUUACUACUGGAACACUCUGACCAAUGAGGUGUCUUGGGAACUUCCACACUACCUAGCUGAUCAGGUUCAAAGCCUUGGACAUUCUGCAAACAGCACAAGUGUCAAUGGCAAUGGCUCAGCCCACGCAAGUUAUUAUUCAGAGGACAAUCCUGUCUCCGCUGCAGCCGAAGCUCCUGUGAUGGAGACUAAAGCUAAGGAAGUCAUUGAAAAUAUCGUAGGCCUUACAAGCGAAGAGGAGGAGAACCAGGGAGUGGCUGCGUCUCUCCUUGGUCCACUGAUCCCAUCUGAAGUGAAAGAAGCAGAGGAAAAAUGGAGAAAAAAGCUGCUUACGGGUUUGGAUGAGACAGUAAAUAGUUUGGAUUCUGAUGAAGAGGAUGUAAAACCCGCAGGGUCUCCUCCUAUACCCUUUUUGGAACCAGAAAUAGCCGUCACAGCCCAGAAAGAUGUUUGUACCAAGAAGCUGUCUGGAGACAAUUCAGGUGCUGAGGAGGAGCCAGAGGAGGACACGGUGGAUCUGGAGCUGGCUCUAGAGAGGAAGAAGGCUGAACUCAGAGCACUCGAGGACGGGGACGGGAGCGCCGGGGGCUCUAGUCCAUUGUCUGAGGCUAGUCAAGAAACUGCAGGAGCUCGUGGCGUCCAACUGCAGAAGAAGCGGUGGAAGACGGUUUUUCCCUCUGCUGCCAGCCCCGACUCAAACAGCAGAGACUCCGACGUGGUGGACAACUCGGAGUCGGCAACCCCUAACAUCUUAGAAAGUGUUGUGGAAGUGGAAGGAGAGGACCAAAAGGCAGAAACGCCAGAGGACACGGCAGUUCCAAAACUUACUUUCAAAGAUGAGGAGGAGACGCCUGAGCUAAAGUUUCAGAUAGGAGAGCUGGCCAACACGUUAACUAGCAAAAUGGAGUUUCUGGGAAUAAACAAGAAAACAAUUUCAAACUUUCACCUGCUUCUGCUACAAACCGAGACACGGAUUGCUGACUGGAGGGAAGGGGCUCUAAACGGGAUCUAUCUCCGCCGCAAGCUGCAAGAAGCUGCAGAACACAUAAAAUUUUAUGAACUUAACGCCACCCCUAAAGGCUGGUCCUGCCACUGGGACAGAGAGCACAGGCGAUAUUUCUACGUGCGGGAGCGGAACGGCACCUCCCAGUGGGAGUUUCCGACGGAGGAGGACAAGGAGGAGGACCCAGAAGACGGUCCAUGUGCCAUGAGCCAAGAGGAGGCCAAAGCAUCUGGAUCAGCUGAAUCGUCAACAUUUUCCACCACUGCUCCGCCACUCCCACCUCAACCCAGUUCAUCCUCUUACUGGUCCCCAUCCCAACCACCACUCCCUGACAGCCCUCCUCCACUUCCAAGCGACCCCCCACCUCCUCCCCUCCCGCCCGAGUCUCCCCCUCCCCCUCCCCCGCCUCCUGACAGCGAUGGAGAGAUAAUGGAAGUGGAAAUGGAGAUGGAUGAUGAUGACGAGGAGCCUCCAGCUCCUGGAACAGAGGAGGAUGGCGGGAGGUCUUGCUCGGUCGGCAUGAAGAUUAUUGAGUCAGCGACUUCUUUUGGAAAGGGUCAGAAACGCAAAGCUGGCCAGAUGAAUAAAAACAUUAUGAUUGGCAGCAGUCCCAUUAUCUACACCCAAUCACUUCUUAAUACAGCUCCUCUGAUGCCAGCUGCUGCGUACUGGGGCAUGCCGGCUGUAGCUGCCUCGUUGGUCCCCUGUGAGCCUCCUGCCCCACCCGUACCAGCCCUUCCUCUUCAGCCACCACUUCCUCCAUCCCAGCCUGCCUACGAAAGUCCUGGCACCAAAGCUUCAGCUGUGGAUAAGGCCAAGAAACCAAAAAAAGAAAAAUCGUCAAAGAAGAGUAAAACUAAAAUGCCUUCGCUGGUAAAGAAGUGGCAGAGCAUCCAGAAGGAGUUGGACGAGGAGGAGAAGAGCAGUUCUAGCGAUGAAGACCGAGAGCAGCUCAACAAGAAGAAUAUAGAGGACUGGAAACAACAACAACUCGUGACGGGAAAAGCUUCUAAGAACGCCAACUUUGAGGCGUUACCUGCAGACUGGCGAGAGCGCCUCAAGAAACGAAAGUUGAUGAAUACCACCUAACCUCUCUCCUGCUCCUGCCGUCACUACAAUGUCCUCUUUUACAAAUGGCAAACAUCCGUUUCUCACUGGUUUUUGUUAGUGACAGACGUUUAGAAGCCCUUACAUGGCAGGCCAUUCUACUAGAGGGGGUUGAAUGUCUUCUUCUGUGUUUUUGUAUCUGUAAAGGUGCCAAAUGUGCUAAAGUCAGUUUGUCACAUUUUUGUACAGACCUGGUUCGGAUGCCCACCACAGUUUGUUGGGCAGAAUUGUCUAUUUUAUGGAGUGUUUUUACAGCUGUGUAUAAAGAAAUUGGGGCAGGCUGUGUUAGUGGGAGGGGAGGGAAUCCUAAUGGAACUUGUAUAUUUUGUAAAAAGUUAUUAAAGUUUUUUUUUUAAA